UGUCAAUAUUGACUGUGAUUGAACUCAUGUUACUGCACAGUAUUAAUUUUGUGUCAUUGAAUUGACGUUUGUUCCUAUCAUCCCCACCAGCUCUGGUCCACGAGUUCUUCUUUGUUUUGGAAAGAGGACCGCGGUACAUUCUCUUCUCUGCGACUCUAGUGACUAGUAACGUUACGAGACAACAGGCGUAAAUUAAUAGGGGAGAACCAGAUGUCUUAGAAUUUCUUCCACCCGCCAAACUCCAAUUAAAUAUUGUUGUUGUUGGCAGUCACUGGGUGGUGGGUGGCAGUACGAGAUGUCGUUACUGCGGCGAGCAGUACAGCUUGCCCGCGCGCCAGGCAGGCAGGUCGAGCGGCUAGUGCAGCACCUGGACCAGUUCGAGAGCAAGCCGUACGAGGUGCGGCCAGAAGAUCACAUGCUCUACUUGUUCCAGUCGAAACGGGACCUGGAGGACUGGGAAGUGCAGACGGACACGGAGCUGGGUGGAAAGUCGCAAGCCUCGCUGGAGACCUCGCUGUCGGGCAAGGCCAGGUUCUACGGCAGGCUGAACACUGAUGCACCGGAAUGGCUGACCCACUCUGGCUAUGCUGCCAUGUUUACUGCGGAGAAAAGGCAAAACGCCUUGUUGGAGAUAAUGCAGUCUGAAAAGAUUAUCGGGCAAGGUAACUAUGAUGGCUUUGAGGUUCGGCUGCGCGGGGAUGGCCGCCGGUACAAGUUCAACUGCCAGGAGGAGCACUUCCGUAGGACGGAGAAGGAGGUCAUGUUCCAGUUCAUGCUGAACACGCGUGGCGGACCGGAGUACGAGAUAUUCCGCAUGCCGUUCUCUAAAUUCAUCCGCACGGCACGCGGCGGUUAUCUACAGAGCCAGCUUCUCCUGGAGCAUCAGUUUAUCAAGUCGAUCGGGUUCCUACUGGCUGACGACGUCACCGGGCCGUUCCAGCUGGAAAUCGACUACAUCAAGCUCAUCAAGAUUCCUUACUGCGUGGACUUUGACAAAAUGGACCGGCGCCGGCCACAGCAUACAAACCUGAUGUCGUAUGAAGAUCUGUAGUCAGUUUACACUGAGUUAUUAUUAUAUCAUUUCUGUACCUUUGAACAGGUUAGCUGUGACCAGAGAUUCCCCCAUGCUAUUUUGGCCUUGAAGUUCUUAUCAUUGUUCUCAUCGGACUUCAUUAAUUUAAGAAAAAUGUACUUCUUCUUCUUUGUUUGAAGUAGAAUUUAUAAAUAUUUAAAAUUAUUUGAUGACGA